AUGAGUAGUGGAGAGAGGCCUUUAUUGAGGCAACUGUGUGACAAAAAAUCUCAAGAAUCUGAAUCUGAAGAUGACAGAGAAACAUGGGGAUUCUUGAAGGUUAUGUUUGAAGAAGAUGGAACUGCACGUACAAAACUAUUAAACCAUCUUGGUUUCACUCUACCUUCAGAAACACAAAACAAUGAAUUACAAAACAACCCCUCUGAAGAAAUAACAACUUCCCACAUUGAUGAACCUAAAGAAGAAGUAACAGAAUCCAACCUGACACUGAAAUUACCAAAUGACCCCUCUGACAACGGGGAAGAUUUCUUCAACAAUUUUCCAACUCCUAGAGCUGAGACCCCUUCAUCAACUUCUCACAACACUUUUGUCACUGAAGAAUCUGUUCCAGUUGUUGAAGAAGAAGAAGAACAAACGAGAGAAAGUGAUUCACAAGAUGCUUUGUUUGAUGAUGGUGUUCAACGUGCAUUGGUUGUUGGGGAUUACAAGGGAGCUGUUGAACAAUGUAUAGCUGCAAAUAAGAUGGCAGAUGCUUUAGUUAUUGCUCAAGUUGGUGGUGCUUCCCUGUGGGAGACCACACGUGAUCAGUACCUUAAAAAGAAUACUUCUCCAUACUUAAAGGUUGUUGCUGCAAUGGUAAAUAAUGACCUUGUUAGUCUAGUAAAUAUCAGGCCCCUCAGAUCUUGGAAAGAAACUCUUGCUCUCCUCUGCACUUUUGCACAAGGAGAUGAAUGGACUUCACUCUGUGAUACUCUUGCUUCUAGACUCCUAAAUGCUGGAAACACUUUAGCAGCAACUCUUUGCUACAUAUGCUCUGGAAAUAUCGAUAGAACUGUAGAAAUCUGGUCAAAGAAGGUGUCAACUGAGCAUGAAGGAAAGUCCUAUGUUGAUCUUCUUCAGGAUUUAAUGGAGAAAACUGUGGUCCUUGCUUUAGCAACUGGACAAAAGAGAUUCAGUGCUCCUUUAUGUAAACUUGUUGAGAAGUAUGCUGAGAUUUUAGCAAGUCAAGGACUUUUAUCAACAGCUAUGGAGUAUUUGAAACUAAUGGGAACUGAAGAUUUGUCUCCUGAACUUGUAAUCUUACGUGAUCGAAUUGCCUUCUCAUCUCAACCAGAGAUAAAUGGAAACGCAUCUACAGAUUAUGCAUAUUCUCAAACACAUACAGGAUGUGUAUACUCUGCUAACCAACAAACAAAUCCUGUUGUGGAGCCUGUUCAAAAUUAUUAUCAGGAAAGCUAUCAACAACCACCUGGGCCUUCUUACAGUAACCAAUAUGAACAGCCACAACGCAACAUGUUUGUUCCAUCUCCUGCAGCUCCCACUCCACAGAUGGGAUUCAAUCAAGCUCCACCUGCAAAUCAACCAGCUGCAAGACCCUUUGUUCCCAUGACACCUCCAAUGAUGAGAAAUGCUGACCAAUAUCAGCAAGCCCCCACAUUGGGUUCUCAGUUAUAUCCUCAAUCUCAGUUGAAUGUGAAUUCCAAUUAUCAAGCGGGCCCACCGGGGCCCGGUUCAUUUACCCCGGUCCCAUCUCCAAUGGUCCCCACCACCGGGCCAAAAGUACUCCAUGACGUGGGACCCACACCUCCUGUAAGAGGAUUCAUGCCUAUUAAUAACAAUACAGGAAUGCAAAGAACAGGAUCUGGUCAAAUGCAACCCAACAGUGGUCCCGAGUCUGCCCCACCACCUCCUGCCACCCCUCCUCCAACAGUACAGACUGCUGACGUGUCAAAUGUUCCUGCCCAACAGAAGCCGGUUAUUGGGACAUUGACUAGACUGUUCAACGAGACAUCAGAGGCUUUAGGAGGUUCACGUGCAGUUCCAGCUAAGAAACGAGAGAUUGAUGACAACUCAAAGAAACUCGGUGCUUUGUUUGUGAAAUUAAACAAUUCUGAUAUUUCCAAAAAUGCUGCUGAAAAACUUGUUCAGUUAUGUCAAGCAUUAAAUCAUGGUGACUUCUCUACAGCCCUCAAAGUCCAGGUGGAUCUUACCACCAGUGAAUGGGACGAGUGUAGCUUCUGGUUAGCAACACUGAAACGAAUGAUCAGGAUUAGACAAAGUUCCAUUUGUUAUGUAGGACACGAUUUAUAA